AUGCAGAACAACGUUCUGAUUGGGGUUCUUCUGGCGGUAGCCGUCGUUAUUCCAGUUUUCGGGUGGCUUUUCUACCUUUGGUAUCGGUCAUAUCUGAUCAAAAUGCACCAAGAAGGCCAAGCCUUCGACAGACGAGAUCGAGAUCGUGCCCAGGCCAACUAUGGGCCCGCGGAUGGAGCCCAACCUCCGGUAGCUGGACCCUACUUCACCUCUCGCGGGUGGGUUCGCCCAAAGACCCGAGGACCAUCCCAUGCCCUGCGUCCGACGCCACAGUAUAUUCACCCUGGACAGCCAAUAUUUACCGGUAUCCCGCAUUCUGACCAGCAUUUCCAAGGGCCGAACCAAGCGAACAUCCAUAGUCCUCGGAAAAUGAACCAGCCGCCGAACCAAUUAUCCAAACGGCAGCAAAGGAAGCAACGAGCACUACAAAACAAACAAAAAAGGCAGCAGCAAAUAGGGCAGCAACAAAGUCAGAAUGAGGAAAAGAACCAGCACAAUCAACAGAACCAGCGGAAACAGAAAAACAAAAACAAGGCCCGGAACCAUCAGAAGUCCCCCAAUGCCCAGUCUCCAAAUGCCCAGUCUCCUAAAGCCCAGUCACCCAAAUCCCAGUGGGGCCAAGCCCAGCUAUAUCACCAGCGGGGAAACACAGAAGGACAAGAUGAUCAAACCAGUAACCAUGGUAAAGAUGGCUGGGGGAAUGAUGGCAAGUCAUGGGACAAUCAACACUAUACUGGUCAGAACGAUAACAACGACCACCUGGGCAACACUCACAACAAUGACCAAGGAGGGCAGAGAAAUAGUGGAUCACGUUCCCCACGGCAAUACUCGCGAGACAAUGAGAAAGAUUACGACCAGAGCCAGGAUAACAAUAGCCCACGGCAAAGGCGCUCUCGAUGGGACAAAAAACCCCAGGACGACCACAGAUACAGCAAUGAAAGAGGGAGAGGUAAUCAUGAAGAACAGCACCUCCAGCAUGAAUCGUACAAUAAUCGUCCUGCGUCCCCAGAUCAAGCGUCAAGAAACGAAGUAGAAUCCCGCCGUGGUUGGGGUCAGAGUGACGAUGAUGCACAGCAGGACAGCCGUUCACGUAGCAACCAUUCCAACUAUGACGAUUGUAACAACUACGAUGGAUGGGGAGAUGAUGAUGCGAAAAGCUACCACAAGAAAAACAAACGUAACCACCGUGUGUCCCUCGAGCGAAAGUCAAGAGGACGAUCAAGCCCCAACCGUGAGUGGGGACAUGAAGAACAUCGUGGCGGUGGCAGUGACUCCUGGAGUCAAGAUGGCAAUGUUCACCGAGACAAACGGAAGAAGGAGAAAAAGGAACGCUGGCAGAUUGAAUUGGAGGAGAAUGAGAAGAGACGUCGUGGUCGAAGCCCCUCGCGUGGAGGCUCAGAUGCAGGAUGGGACAAGCGCAGCCAGGUUUCUGGCUGGAAGGAGACACAGAAAUGGUGA